AUGUGUGUGGCGGGGGAGAAUGCGACCUCCGUCCGUUGGCUUAAAAACAGCCGUAUUUUGUGUGGAGAACGUCGAGGGGCGAGGAGGGCCGCGAGCCCCGCGACGGUUACCGCGGAAAACUGCCUCAGCGGCCCGAGGUAAACGUUGCGUAGUGGGGCGGGGCUGCGGACCGGAAGCCGAGUGUGACGUCAGGACUUGCGCAGCCGCCAAUAAGUGGGCGGGGCUUCCUUUUCCGGGUUUCCCUCCUUGCUCUUCCUUUUGAGAGAACAGGGGAGUGAAGUUUACCCCCGCGAGGGUCUGGGACGCGGCAUAUUUUUCUCCCACCCUCGUAUUACUUGAAAGUGCUUAAUGGCUGUACCUUCCUCGUGAAAAGGGCCUUGUCGUAGCCCUACUUGGCUAUAACGUUCUCGAAUUUUUUUUGCUCCAGUAGCUACCCGCAAACGCCCAACUAUCCUGCGACGCCUCAAGGGAUAUGCAUUUGUGGAUCAGGGGCGCCGUCGUGAGAUCUGCCCAGAGAUCUGCGCGUGGAGGCUGUCCAUAAAGCAGCUGGGCCCUGCUCCAUUAUUCUUAAACCCCCGCUGGCUGUUAGCUUACUCUCCACAAUCCAUGUAUGUCUGCACCUUUCAACCUAGAAUAGUACUUCUGUUGUCUGAUGAAGAGGGGCUCUAGCCCACAAAAAGCUUCGGCUGUUGCCUUUCUUCAACUGUGCAGAAUUAAAACCUUUUCUAUUAAAGACUAGCUUGACUUCCUCUGCAGGAUUAAUGUUGUGUAUUAGCUUUAAUAGCACUCUCCUAGUCAUGUUUACUCAUAAGUAUGUGUGGUUAGCCCUGCAGCCGAAAAAUUGUCCCAAGCAAAGGAAUACUCUCAAGUCUAAAUGCUGUACGCUUCUCUCUCCCUUCCCUCCCAUACAGAUAGAUAUAUAGGUAUCCAUAUCUCAUACCUUCAGCAUGCCAUCUGUGAGCCACUGCUCAAUGUGGAUUAAGAGAUGUUUGUGCUGCAAGGGGAGCAAGCUGUGCUUUCUUGUAGUGCAGACUUUUUGUGCCUGUGUUCUGUUUCUAGUAAAUGCAAGUUGCUCAGACAUCCUUGUUUUUUUGUUAAUGAUAAGUAGUUUCUGGUAGCCUGAAGAGAAGAUCUGCAAAAGUCCUCCCACCUUGUCAAAAGGACCAUUCUUUAUAAACAUGAAGAAGAGUUAGGAAUUUUGUGCUCUCCAUCAACUUGCCAAGUGAUGAAAAGAAGGUAGCUUCAUAAGAGUGCUUUUUUGUCAUCAGUAGAGCGGAAACUUCUGCCAUGAUUAUGAGUAGAGCUUUUUACUGAGGAUUACAAGAGAAUAAAAUAAAAUUUCACGAGGGCCUUGCAAGUACUAACUCUUGUCUUAGGAUUCAUGCUUCUUAAAUCACUUCAGCCCAUCUUUUAUGUGCUUGUACGCUUUGCACUCCAGAUGUCCUUAUGAAUGCACUGGUGGUUCAGGAUGGUAAUUAUGGAACUAGGGGCAGUGUUCGAAACUCCCAUUGUUCUAGGCACAUUUUGCGACAGAGAAUUUCAUAAGCACAAGCAGGUUCUGACCUCUUGGCCCAGUACUGUGCCUAAGUUUUCAGAUUAAAACUUUGUACUUCCAGCAGUUUGAACUCCAUCUUGUACCCCACUUUCAAGAAGCACUUGUUUGAUAUUUGCAGGGGAAAGUAUGCCGGCACCUCCUUCACAGUAUUUAAAUUGUUUCAGUUAAGAAGGAUUUGCAUAUUUGCAAGCAACAUAAUUUUACACCAGUUUUCAAAUCAACACAAAAUUAAACAGUUGUGACAUUUACAGAGCAUGAGGUAGAUAUUCAUCGUGCUUUAGGCCGCAUAGUCAUCUUGUCAUCUGUGACACACAAGUUGGAAUGGGGUGGGGAGAGGAUGUCCUUCCUCCUUUGUGAUUUAUCUUAAUUUUGCCACCUGUGGCUAACUUGCUAGGUGUUUCUUUCUACAGGUUGGAUACAGAAAAUACAGGACUGUUCAUGAGAAUUUUAAGCAGGGCUCCACAAAUUAUUGCUGGCCUUAGUAGUGAGCCAUUUGUAUUGGCCACUGGCUCCUCUCCUACACAGAAUCCUCUGGCACACAUGGGGAAGAGCUGGGUCAGCUUUUCACUUACCCUGGGCUUUCAACACACUAGGAAACAGCAAGAGAGAUGCUUGGUAUAUCUUCUAAAUGAGGUACUAAAAGAGGCAGGCUCCGUCUUUGUGUGUGUCAGAGAACUUGGACAGAGAGAGAGUAGUCUCUCUUUCUAACCUGUUAUGAAGAAAGAGCCUUCCCCUUGGGUUGUCUGCAAAUCAUGCAAUAAUUUGAGAAAUGAGGUACUGUAUCUUGCUUUGUCCAGGACAUCUAGGAAUUGCCAGAAAGAGACCAUUAGUAACUGCUGGUCACGCCUGACUGUAUUUAUUACGGAUGUUUGCACUUAACUACCCAGGACAGUGGUUUUCAAACAGUAGGGCAGUCUCCCUUUAGCACGUGGAAAGAGAAUUCAAAGUCAAAAAGAGACAGAACCUUAAGCCAUGUAGAACCAUCCUCCCUAGCAGGCCAAGACAUGAUGGGCUGAACACCCCAGCAGAAAAUAUUCAUUGAUUCAUACUGAGUUUAAGUGGAUGAGUGAGCGCCCACCUAAUUUGGCAGGAGCUUCUCCCCUUUUCUAAAACUCUUACCUUGUUGGAAUAGUGUCCCACAUGCAAAGACCUUUGUGUGCCAUGAGCAGAGUUUUGGUUCUGAUUUGACAAGGGGGAUCAUAGGACAGAAUUGAUUGAGAAGGGGGUGACAAGCUCAUACUGAGCUGGGGCCUAUAAUCUCUUGCACAAAAUGCUGACACUUUGUAUCUCUUAUUCCAGCAGCAAUUUCUUUCUUUGAAACUUAACCCAAUGAGGCAUCAGAGGGACGUGUUCAGCAUGGUGAUGACAAAUAAACUUGGAGCACCUUGCAAAGGACCUUGUGGUGCCAAAAGCCAUGGGGUGGAGGAUGCUGCUGCCGUUUUGAAGCUGGGCUAUCUAACUCAAGAGGAAGAUAAUUUGCACGGAACAUAGGAUGAGUGGGACAGCUGAGCCACGGCUGCUGCACUUCAUAUGUUGAUGCCGGAGACAAGAUGGCUGUAAACUACGACUGAAACGGUGGGUCUUAACACUGGCUCUGAAUAGUUGAUCCCGACACACACAGUACAGUGUAUAUUUUGCAUUGUAAUUGCAGUUGGGAGAGGAAACACAGCUGCACUGUAGGUAGACCAAAUACUCCAGCCAUAGACGUUGCCUCCUAGUAGACUGCUAUUAUUAAAGUGAUCCUGCUAGGGUGAUGGGUGGGAAAUGGGUGUGAACUUCAAUCCUUACAGAAUAUGAAAAUAAUAAAGACCAAACUAUCACAAGAUUGGGACGCGGGUGGUGCUGUGGGUUAAACCACAGAGCCUAGGACUUGCCAAUCAGAAGGUUGGCGGUUCGAAUCCCGGCGGGGUGAGCUCCUGUUGCUCUGUCCCUGCUCCUGCCAACCUAGCAGUUCGAAAGCACGUCAAAGUGCAAGUAGAUAAAUAGGUACUGCUCCGGCAGGAAGGUAAACGGCGUUUCCGUGCGCUGCUCUGGUUUGCCAGAAGCGGCUUGGUCAUGCUGGCCACAUAACCCGGAAGAUGUACGCCGGCUCCCUCGGCCAGUAAAGAGAUGAGCGCCGCAACCCCAGAGUCGGUCACUACUGGACCUAAUGGUCAGGGGUCCCUUUACCUUUUUAUCACAAGAUUAUUCUGUGUCUUUGCAAAAUAAACUUGGCCAUGUACAGAUACUGUGAUGAUGACUAUUAACUAUGUUUCACAUAGCAAAUUAGUACUUCAUAUCGUAGCUCACGUGCUGUCCUUUAUGUGGUGAAUGCUGUUUGAUGUCUCUGUUGGGAGACUCAGUUCUGAUGCUUUUGUUUUUGUUACGCAUGAGCUGUUAAGCAAUUAGGGCUUGACUUAGUGAGGUUAUUUGUUCUAGCAUGUAUCUGAAUAGGUCUUCAUAAACCUGGGAAUCAAGAAGGGAAGGAAAUGGAUGUAGCUGCGUUUUUAUUUUCCUCUUCUGUUUUGCCUUUUGUCCCAGUUCUUAAAUGAAACAAGGUGUGAGUGUCUGAUUUUAUUUUAGGGAGGGGGAAGCUAGCUGGGUUGUACACUUCAAAGGAAGUAAUUAUCCUUAGAAGCUCAGAUGUUCAACUUGGGCAGUUGCCACUGUAGGUUUAUUAGAAAGAAACCUUGGACAUUGUACUAACUCACAGAGUUUGUGGUACAGAAAGUGGCUACAGCUGAAUACACAAAUCCAUGCUAUUAACAUAUGUGUAAAGGUCUUUUUUUUUUUUUUAAGAAACACAGUGAACACAAUGGGAGGAAUGAAUGGCUUGGUUCACAUGUUGGGUUGAAUUUUUGUUUGAUGUUAUAUGAAUGAGGCUUGAGCUUGUGUGCUGCCCCCUCACUUUGCAGGCUUUGAUUUCAACCUCCUUAUGUCAAACCUUGAUUUACUGUUACAUUCAGACCGGCAAACUAGUAGAUGUUCUUUCCCUCUUAUUCAAACCACAAUGCCUGAGAGCCCAAGAAUCUCUCACAAUGCAAAAGCAUUAACUGCUGUUGUGUUAGAGGUGAGCCAGUUCAAUGUGAAUCAGCUCCCAUGCUGCACUUCAUCACAAGACUGCUUUUAUUAUCAUAGAUUGAAGGUAAUAUCCAAGAGUAGGCUACAGUUCUUGCUGCUUUGUGGCACAAAAAUAUAUUGGGAAAGGCUGCUAAGACUUCAUAGAGUAACACUUUUAAUCUGCAAAACUUGAGUGUGUCCCACUGUGUGCUAAGGUGAGAAGGAAGCAGCUGAAUACAUUGCUGUUGCUUGCACACUCCGCUAUUGUUGCCUGCCUUUUUUCCUGCUGUCUGCUCACUGCUUUUCUUCUGCCCAUAAGAGCUACUAACAAUGAUGUUUCCAAAGAAAGGAAAAGCAGUUCAGCUUUAUAGCAGCUGUUAAAUAUUUUUGUCAGGCCAGGCUCUCCAUGGCUACUUGAGAUGGAGAUGAACAGUGAUUAGAGAAUCUUGGAAAAGCUAUGGGUGUUCUUCCAGUUACUGAUCUGGCUAAACUGGGUAUUACAGUUUUUAGAAACUUGGAAGUGUAGUUUGAUCAGAUACCUGCUUUUAAAAUGCAUUUUAAAUUAAUACAUCAUAAAUAAUUUACAUGCUGCUGUUAAUGUUUGGAUUAUGAUAAUGUCAAAGGUAUAAUACUUGUUCUAGCCUUAGCGUUCCACCCCUGGGAAAACAAUCUGUCUUGCAAACAGUGAUUCAGGCACCUUCCUCCUGUUUUUCCCCAGGUUCUGGUCUCUGAAUUGUUCCUGCCUCUCCAGAACGGUAUUCUAGCUCCAUAAAGCCACAACUAGAAGAAAACUUUAUACUACCAGUUGAUGCCCUUUAAUGCUGAAAGCAAUAAUGUGCACAUUGAUAAUAGAAUUGUAGAGAAGUGACCACGAGGAUCAUCUAGCCGAACCCUGUAAAGCAGGGAUCUAAGAUUAAGAGCCUCACACUCUACUGACUGAGCUAUGAGGGUCUAGACUGAUAAUGACAGCAGUAUAGAGAAGGAAUAGGCACUGUCAGCUGGAGCAUUUUACUGUAAUUUAUUGAACCAGGCAACUUAGAAUACAGAUAUUGCCAUUUGUGCAGAAGUGUUGGAGCAGAGGGAAUGCCUAGGAGGGAAAAACAGCCAGGCUUUCUAGAAAUGUAACUUCUUUUUGCUAUUUGCCAGGUGCCUUUCAAGUUGCUUACCAUCCCGUUCCAGAGAGCAUUUGGAAAUCAGUGCUUUGUUUAAUCACCAAGCCAUCCAGAAAGGUAAGACAAUUUCUCAAUAUUUGCUAGCUAUGUAGUGUGAAGGUUUUUCCCUCCUAAUUUUCAUGUUGCCUUUUGUGCUUUGUUGUGUCAGAAUUGCAUAAUCAUAUAUGCUGAUAGUGAACUCAUUCUCCAAGUGCUAAUCCUUAUGGAGCUAAUCCAACGCACAAAUAAAAUCCAAUCAUAGGCAUCUCAGUGUGUUUUUCCUCUGUAAAGCUCUGCCUGUGUAGAAUAAAGACACUUAUUCUUCUGUUUUCACCGCAAGUAGCAGCAAAUGAAAAUGCAGCUAGAUUUAUUUUCAUUGCUGGUUUUUUGUUUUGUUUUUUGCUUGUUGGCUGAAACUGGUCUACUCACCUGGCUUCCUACUUUCAUUGUUGGAGUCUAAGGAAGCAGUUUUCUAUGUGUGGUAAUAAGCUUUAGCAAUGUGGAAUGGUCUUUGUAAGGAAGUCCCUGGAUGCGUCAGUGGAAUGGAUAGCUAAGAGCCUGGUCAGGCAAAGUUGCUAAUAUUUUUCUGCUUAAAUGAGAAACCAGGCAUUUUGCACAGAAAAAGAAUGCGAUCUCAGAAGUAGCUUUGCAUAGGGUGAUUUAAGUUUGGUUGACAUCCUUCUGGAGGGAGAUGUGGCUGCUUAAUCCCAUGCUGCUUGGGAAACAAAUACCGCAUUGUAUAGCUUUGUCUACUGCCUUGGUUCAGGUGAUUCCUUCCUACGCUCAUAGCUAUACAGGACAACCACCAAUGGGGAUUUGGGGGGGGGGCAGAAGGGCAGAGAAAAGUUAUGACAGCUGGUUCUGUUCAUACAGCCCUUUGAUCUGUAGCUGUCUACUUGGGUAUUAGUAUGUAAAAUAUGCAAUUUGCUAGUUUUCACCUCCCUGGAUAUAAUUACUAUUUUAGGAUGACAACUUGUUUCACUUUGAUGUUACAAGUCAAUAUAGCCUUUAUUCUUUCUAACUCAUGUUAAGAUUACAAAUAGUAAUGGUGUAUUGCAGAAGCAAAUGUUUACUUUUGGCUCCCACCGAAGCUCAGUAACUCUUUUCUGUAUUCUCAGCUUAUGCAUUCUAUUAUGUGCAAAUAAUUCCUUUAAUUGUAUGGUGUUAGCUAUGUACACUUUUGAUUUCUCUCUCUCUAAAGGUGGCAGAUUUUAUUUUAUCUAUCAGUUGGACACAGUAUCUUCAAAACACUUUUGCCUCUUCCCCUUGGAUGAGAACAUAUAGCUUUCCCCAAUAUUUGUAUGUUUGUGUCAUUUUAAUCUUUUCCUUCAACAGAAUUCUGA